CUCAAGGUUAGCUUUUCCAAACAGAAAAUUGAGUGUUGUAAAUUCCACCUCCCACAGACCAGAAUUCACAACCAUUGGUCAGGGGCAAAUACUACUGGCUCUGCAUCCUCAGUCAUUUUGUGCCAUUUCAUCAAGUAGGAGCCAAAGGAAUUAAAAAAAUGAAAACAUUAGCAAGAUUCGUUCUGGGACUUGUCAUCUUUGAUGUUGCUGUGGCAGCUCCAACUCCAGAGCUCAUCAACUAUGACUCAGAAACCUACGACACCACCUUGGAAGACCUGGAUAAUUUAUACAACUAUGAAAACAUACCUAUUGAUCAGUCAGAGAUUGAAAUAGCGACCAUGAUGCCAUCUGGGAACAGAGAGCUCCUCACCCCGUCCCCACAGCUAGAGGAGGAUGGAGAAGAAGAGGAGGAAUCCACCCCCAGGCUGAUCGAUGGCUCUUCCCCACAGGAACCUGAAUUCACCGGGGUUCUGGGUCCCCACACCAAUGAAGACUUUCCAACCUGCCUUCUGUGUACUUGUAUAAGUACCACUGUAUACUGUGAUGACCAUGAACUUGAUGCCAUUCCACCACUGCCCAAGAACACUGCUUAUUUCUAUUCCCGCUUUAACAGAAUUAAGAAGAUCAACAAGGAUGAUUUUGCAAGCCUAAAUGAUUUAAGAAGAAUUGAUCUAACAUCAAAUUUAAUAUCUGAGAUUGAUGAAGAUGCAUUUAGAAAGCUGCCUCAGCUUCAAGAGCUUGUCCUGCGUGACAACAAAAUAAGGCAGCUCCCAGAAUUGCCAAACACCCUGACAUUUAUAGAUAUUAGCAACAAUAGACUUGGAAGGAAAGGAAUAAAGCAAGAAGCAUUUAAAGAUAUGUAUGAUCUACAUCAUCUUUACCUCACCGAUAACAACUUGGAUCACAUCCCUCUGCCACUCCCAGAAAACUUAAGGGCGCUUCACCUCCAGAAUAACAACAUUCUGGAAAUGCAUGAAGAUACCUUCUGCAAUGUUAAAAAUUUGACUUAUAUUCGAAAGGCACUCGAAGAUAUCCGAUUGGAUGGAAAUCCUAUCAAUCUCAGCAAAACUCCUCAAGCAUAUAUGUGCCUACCUCGUUUGCCUAUCGGAAGUCUUGUCUAAUCUCACAUAACAGUUAGCAUGCCAGUGGCUACUAUAACAAUACAAUUCUUACUACUUUCUUCAAAAACAAAACUCAGCAUGAUAUUUUCAAAUUGUAUUCUAAAAGAGACAUGAUUGCAUACAAUAUAACUAAAAAUUGAAGCUAUGAUGGCAAUUUAGUAAUCUACAAAAAAGACAUGUCAGGAGUAAACUAAAAGAUGUAUAGAAAAAGCAAAACAAAAUGAUAGAAAAUAUAUUUCAUAAACGCUCCUGUAAAUCACAUAUAAGUUGUAAAUUUAGGGAUUCCUAUCCUAUACAAUUUCAAACUACGUAGAAAAUUAGGAAAAUUAAAAAUGAACACUAGGCAAAUUGCCAAGAUUUAGGUGUUUUAAUUAAGUUUUUUUUCUAUUUCUCUUUUCCACUAAAGCAUGUUUCUGUCUCCAAAUCCAUUAGAGAGAUUGAGAAAAUAAUAAAAAUAUUUAAAAAUUAAAAUGACCUUGUGGGAAAAUAUUAAUUAUAGUCACAACAUGCAAAUAACCACAUCCAACAGUAAUGUACCUAGCUUCAGUUUUUUGAAUCAUAUUUUAUCAUCAAAAAUACAUUUCAACUCAUUUUAGACCUUUGCUUAGCUAUCAGUAUAAUUUAUGUGCUUGUGAAAAAAAAUAUAGAGAAUGGAAAAUGUAGGCAAUGACACUAUAUCCGCAUUAGGGAAGAAAUUAAUAUCUUUUAGAAAAUGUAUGAUCAUCACACAGACACAUGGUGAAAAACUGAAAGGCAACAAAAGAAUACACAAUAAAAAUUAAGUUUCAGGGCCUCCCGGGUGGCACAGUGGUUGAGCGCUGGGUUGCCAAGCUGCCUGCAGCCUCUGCAGCGCCAGUUUGAU